AUGCAGUUCCAGUCAAAGGAGGAAACUAUUCUUGCAAUCAAACAUUAUCACAUAACCAACGGUUACAAAUACACCGUCGUUGAGUCCAAACCCAACAUUUAUGUUAUUCGUUGUCUGGAAUAUCACAACGGUUGUCAAUGGCGUCUGAGGGCGACUUAUAGCAAAGUCCGUAAAUAUUGGGAAAUCAAAAAUAUAGACGGACAACAUUCGUGUUUCUCAACAAUACUAUCUCAAGAUCAUACAAAUCUUGAUAGUACUCACAUUGCCGUGAUCAUAUCAAAUUCAAUCCGGAUAAACCCAUCCAUUCCAAUCAAGAGUUUGAUUGCAGAUAUUAAGGGUCGAUUCGGAUAUUAUGUGUCAUACAGAAAAGCUUGGAUCGCUAAACAGAAGGCUCUUGCUAUGGAGUUUGGAGACUGGGAGGACUCUUAUAACCACAUGCCGAGGUGGUUGCAUGCCGUCAAGGAACCAAACCCAGGUACAAUUUUACAAUGUUAUAUUAUGGAAAGAGUUUUCUGGUCUUUCGGUCCUUGCAUAAAAGGAUUCAAAUAUUGUAAACACAUUCUCCAAGUUGAUGGUACAUUUCUAACGGGUAAAUCUCAUGGAACUUUACUCACCGCCAUAGGUCAAGAUGGCAAUAGAAAUCUUUUCCCAUUGGCCUUUGCAAUUGAAAAAUGUGAGACAAAGGAGGCCUUGAUAUGGUUCUUUCAACUACUUCGAGAACAUGUUUGCCAUCAACAAAAUAUUUGCAUCAUCACUGACAGAGGAAAGGGUAUACUAUCCGCCUUAAGAUCAAAAGAAGUUGGUUGGGAACAAGAUGGUUUGAACUCUGUGUAUUGCAUACGUCAUCUAGCAUCCAACUUCAACAACAAAUUCAAAAAUCACGACCUCAAAAAAUAA